GCUCUGCCCUCAGGAAGAAGAAGAAGGCAAAGGACAAGGCACAGAUGCUGGAGCAGAUUGUGAGCAGCAAGAAGCAGGAGGAGGAGAAGAAGCGUGGGCUGGACAAGCGCACCCCGGCACAGGUGGCCUACGAGAAGAUGCAGGAGAAGAGGCAAAUGGAGAGGAUCCUGAAGAAAGCCUCCAAAACCCACAAGCAGAGAGUAGAAGACUUCAACAGGCACUUGGACACCCUGACUGAGCACUAUGACAUCCCCAAAGUCAGCUGGACCAAGUGA